ACAAACCAUGCCCUAGCUGUGAAACCUACAGUCUUCUUGCACCAGGGUUCUUCAACAAUGACAGUACACUUGACCUCAUGGUGAGGAUUAACAAAGGGACGUGGCCCAAGUACAACUCCAGUACGAUGAUGAUUCUAGACGGACGGACGGGGCAUGAACUGUGGUCCCUCCCCACCCGCGGGACGACCUUCUCCUCACCCCUGACCCUCCGCACGGCUGACCCGGGGAGGGACGCCUUCCUGUUCUGGGUGUUAGGUCGACAGGGCCCCGCCACCGAGGUGGUACAGCAUCCCGGGGGAGCAGGAUCACAUGUGCGACGCCGUCGCCAUGGUGAUGAUGGGGGUGAUGAAGAAAGCCACGCCCCUUCCUGUGACGCCGCUAACAUGCCGUCCCAGGAACUGUUCCUGGUAGACAGAGACUUCGCACGGACCCCCAUCAGACUUGUAGAGCUCAAGUCCAUCCCGUAUUAUUACAACUACACAGAAGAGGACUAUAGGCGAAAGAAGCAACAAGAGGAAGAGCGCUUUGGGCCUCCCCCCGACUUUGAGGAUGCCCCUACAGAACACGAGGAUGACCUGACGGAGGAGCUGAUCGCGGUGACGGAUGCUGCCGUGGCGGGACGAAGGACGGCCUCCCCAGCCAACACUCAGGACGGACCCGCGGACAGCAGCAGGAGGGAGCGACGAGGAUGGGAGGAUGACAGAAAGUUUCCCGUGUUGUUGUGCACACCUAUGAGUCCGAAUGACAGGACAACAGGUGCCGUGGGUGACGUUGAUGGGGACGGUACAUUAGACUACGUGUACAUCGAGGGCAGCAUUGCCUUUCUGAAGGACCCCGGCGGAUCGCACAUGCGGAUGGAAUAUCGUCUGUCCAUCAACAAAAUCAACCUCAACGUCAGUCUGUCGGAGGCUGAUUACGUCAACAUGCAGACGGGACAAACCAUUUACCGGAACGGGACGCAUGUCGACCUCUUGAGCCGGAAUCCGGCGGGACAUUUCCGUUUUCUACCGUUACAUCAACAGCGGUGGGCGGGGUACAUGGGGCAGCGUGGUGACAGCAAGGUGUAGACGGUUUACCUCCAUAUUUUAUGAAUGUAUCAUUCCGAGAAGGCGGGCGGAAAUUCCUUGGGAUCACUCCACAACUUCAGAGGGUUCAAAAGGGUACGGUUCGGUUGGACUCCACGUAGACACUCUUGAGUUAGACCCUGAGCAACUAUUGCCUAGAGUCUAACUCAUGGGUGUCUGUGAUAGAAUUUCCGUCGGGGCAUGUCGGCCCUGAAGCCGAGGAGCUGCCCUGUGUAGGCCCUGGAAACAGCCUUACGUCCAGGGUAGGCUCUGUGACUUAGUUGGUCUUGAACGUGACUGCAAAAUUGGUGCACGUUGUACGACGCGCUUUGACACAGAAGUUCAAAGAAAAGAUAUUUGGUGUAACGUCAGAAUACUAAGUUUGAGGCAUGUAGUUUGAGACGGUGGUAUACUACUUGGGUAUAACGAAUAAAGGAUAAACAGGUAAUUGUGGCAUGCAAGCAGAUAUGCCUGACCGUAGUCAGAAGUUGAAGAAGAAAACAAGAACAGAAUGCGAAGAGCCUUUUUGAGACUGUAAAUGAUUUUUAUGGAAGGCAGUAUCUGUAAAUAGUUCAAGGCAAUUGUAAAAAUAUUGAUAUUUACACCACUGGAUGUAAUGAGUCGAGUGUAUGAAAAAUGCAGUAUUUAUUUCGUGAGUACAGAAUUGUGCCAAUAGUGCGUUUGGAACGUUGAUAUGGUACUUAACUUCUUUCAAUAUGGGUAAAAUCGUUAAUUGAAACAUACAGUGAGUAUGUAUGAUAAGACCGUUCUUAGAACGUGUAUGUAUACAUUGUGCAAUGAGUAACCUUCAGUCGACCUUGUGCAGUAUACCGUAUAAGAAACAUAAUUUAGCCUCCUUCAUCGGCCUCUCUGGGGGCAUUGGCGUAAGUUGUUGUUUUUGGGGGGGGG